AUGUUGAAAACCGAGUCUUCAGGUGAACGAACCACUCUCAGAAGUGCCUCUCCUCACAGGAAUGCAUAUAGAACUGAGUUCCAGGCACUGAAAAGUACCUUUGACAAACCCAAGUCAGAUGGGGAACAAAAAACAAAAGAAGGUGAGGGCUCCCAGCAGAGCAGGGGGAGGAAAUAUGGCUCCAAUGUCAACAGAAUUAAAAAUCUAUUUAUGCAGAUGGGUAUGGAACCCAGUGAAAAUGCUGCGGUCAUUGCCAAAACAAGGGGGAAAGGUGGACCUUCAUCUCCACAGAGAAGAAUGAGGCCCAAAGAAUUCCUGGAAAAAACAGAUGGCUCAGUUGUUAAGUUGGAGUCCUCUGUUUCAGAACGAAUUAGUAGAUUUGACACAAUGUACGAUGGCCCUUCAUAUUCUAAGUUCACAGAAACUCGGAAGAUGUUUGAGAGAAGUGUGCAUGAGUCAGGACAAAACAGCCGCUAUUCCCCAAAGAAAGAGAAAGCUGGAGGGAAUGAACCUCAGGACGAAUGGGGUGGCUCCAAGUCCAACAGAGGCAGUACUGAUUCCUUGGACAGCCUUAGCUCCCGGACGGAGGCUGUUUCCCCAACUGUGAGUCAACUGAGUGCAGUAUUUGAGAACACUGAUUCCCCCGGUGCCAUGGUUUCUGAGAAGCCUGAAAACGAAUACUCAGUGACUGGGCAUUAUCCCCUGAAUCUACCAUCUGUUACUGUUACAAAUCUUGACACCUUUGGUCACCUUAAGGAUUCAGAUUCUUGGUCUCCUCCAAGCAAACACGGUGAUGAUGCAGAGGAUGCUCAGAAGAGUAAUACAAGUCCAGUACCAGAAGUGGCUUCGAAAAGUACCUCUCUAGCUUCAGUGCUUGGUGAAGAAACACAGCAGAGCAAGGAAGCCGAGGACUCCACAUCUAACCAAGAGACUCCUGACAGAAUUGACAGAGAUCUUCCUGAGGAACCUUGUGCUGCAAAUAAGGCGAUGCCAGAGUCUGAAAUCCUUUCACCACAAAACGAACCUUUAGAAGAUGCCGAAGCUAAUUUAGUUGGGAGUGAGGCAGCAAUGCAUCAGAAGAAAGAACUUGCAGGUGGUGAUUUUACCUCUGCUGAUGCUCCUGGAUCCAGUUGUGGAAAGGAAGUACCCGAAGAUUCAAAUAAUUUUGAGAGUUCCCAUGUUUACAUGCACAGUGACUAUAAUGUGUAUAGGGUAAGAUCCAGGUAUAAUUCAGACUGGGGAGAGACAGGCACUGAACAGGAUGAGCAGGAAGAUAGUGAUGAAAACAAUUACUAUCAACCAGAUAUGGAGUACUCGGAAAUUGUUGGAUUGCCAGAAGAAGAAGACAUCCCAGCAAAUAGGAAAAUUAAGUUUAGUAGUGCUCCAAUUAAGGUUUUCAGCACAUACUCCAAUGAAGACUAUGACAGGAGAAACGAUGAAGUGGACCCUGUGGCUGCUUCUGCCGAGUAUGAACUUGAAAAGCGUGUAGAAAAGCUGGAACUUUUCCCAGUGGAACUAGAAAAAGAUGAAGAUGGACUUGGUAUAAGCAUUAUUGGAAUGGGUGUUGGAGCAGAUGCCGGGCUUGAAAAGCUGGGAAUAUUUGUCAAAACAGUAACAGAAGGUGGUGCUGCCCAGAGGGAUGGCAGAAUACAAGUCAAUGACCAGAUUGUGGAAGUGGAUGGAAUCAGCUUGGUGGGUGUCACACAGAAUUUUGCUGCAACAGUUCUCAGAAACACCAAGGGCAAUGUCAGAUUUGUUAUUGGGCGAGAAAAGCCAGGACAAGUGAGUGAGGUUGCCCAGUUGAUAAGCCAGACGCUGGAACAAGAAAGGCGCCAGAGAGAGCUGCUGGAACAGCACUAUGCCCAGUACGACGCCGACGAUGACGAGACAGGAGAAUAUGCCACAGAUGAAGAAGAGGAUGAGGUAGGACCUGUUCUUCCUGGCAGCGACAUGGCCAUUGAAGUCUUUGAGCUGCCUGAGAAUGAGGACAUGUUUUCCCCAUCAGACCUGGACACAAGCAAGCUCAGUCACAAGUUCAAAGAGUUGCAAAUCAAACAUGCAGUUACAGAAGCAGAGAUUCAAAAAUUGAAGACCAAGCUGCAAGCAGCAGAAAAUGAGAAAGUGAGGUGGGAACUAGAAAAAACCCAACUCCAACAGAAUAUAGAAGAAAAUAAAGAGAGAAUGUUGAAGCUGGAGAGUUACUGGAUUGAGGCUCAGACGUUAUGCCACACGGUGAACGAGCACCUCAAAGAGACUCAAAGCCAGUAUCAGGCCUUGGAGAAGAAAUACAACAAGGCAAAGAAAUUGAUCAAGGAUUUUCAACAAAAAGAACUUGAUUUCAUCAAAAGACAGGAAGCAGAAAGAAAGAAAAUAGAAGAUUUGGAAAAAGCUCAUCUUGUGGAAGUUCAAGGUCUGCAAGUACGGAUUAGAGAUUUGGAAGCUGAGGUGUUCAGACUACUGAAGCAAAAUGGGACUCAAGUUAACAAUAACAACAACAUCUUUGAGAGAAGAACAUCUCUUGGUGAAGUCUCUAAAGGAGAUACCAUGGAGAACUUGGAUGUCAAGCAGACAUCUUGUCAAGAUGGCCUAAGUCAAGACUUGAAUGAGGCAGUCCCCGAAACAGAGCGCCUGGAUUCAAAAGCACUGAAAACCCGAGCCCAGCUCUCUGUGAAGAACAGACGCCAGAGGCCCUCUAGGACACGACUCUAUGAUAGUGUCAGUUCAACAGAUGGGGAAGACAGUCUGGAACGAAAGGGUUUGAGAACUUCUCCAGAAUCAGAUUCUGGUGCUCCAUCCCUCACUCCAGUGGCAGGCAGUGUGCCCUUCUCGUCUGACCACAUAACUGAAUUUCAAGGAGGACCGCUGCACCCAGAACAGGAGCCUUCCUCCUCUACGUGGGGAGACACUUCACUCUCCUCUCCUUCAAAAUCUGAUCAUGAUACGGAAGAAUCUCCUUGCCACCAUCAGGCCACAGUCAAGCAAAUAUCACAAGAGAAAGAUGGUGCCAAAGAUCCCAAAUCACUAAGGGCAUCCAGUUCACUGGUGGUGCAAGGAGGAAAAAUUAAGCGCAAGUUUGUGGAUCUGGGGGCACCUUUGCGAAGGAAUUCCAACAAGGGAAAGAAAUGGAAAGAAAAAGAAGCCAAUAGAUUUUCUCCAGGUAGCAGGAUCUUCAGAGGCAGGCUGGAACACUGGAAACCGAAGCCAUCCCCCACAGCACAGGUCACCACCCGCUCACCAUGCAUGCCUUUCUCGUGGUUUAACGAAAGCCGAAAAGGAUCCUAUUCCUUCAGAAACCUGCCUUCACCUACAAGUCCCCUUCAGCCUUCUCCUGAAACUCUAAUUUCAGAUAAAAAGGGGUCCAAGAAUUUUACCUUCAAUGAUGACUUCAGUCCCAGCAGUACCAGUUCGGCAGACCUGAGCGGCCUAGGAGCAGAACCCAAAACUACAGGGCUCUCCCAGUCCUUAGUGCUGUCAUCAGAUGAGAUCCUUGAUGAUGGACAGUCUCCCAAACACAGUCAGUGUCAGAAUCGGGCCGUUCAUGAAUGGAGCGUGCAGCAGGUUUCUCACUGGCUAAUGAGCCUAAAUCUGGAGCAGUAUGUAUCUGAAUUCAGUGCCCAAAACAUCACUGGAGAGCAACUCCUGCAGUUGGAUGGAAAUAAACUUAAGGCUCUGGGAAUGACGUCAUCCCAGGACCGAGCAGUGGUAAAAAAAAAACUGAAGGAAAUGAAGGUAUCUCUAGAGAAGGCUCGGAAGGCCCAAGAGAAAAUGGAAAAACAAAGAGAAAAGCUGAGGAGGAAGGAACAAGAACAAAUGCAGAGGAAGUCUAAAAAGAACGAAAAGAUGACAGCUGCCACAGAGGGCGCUGGUGAGCAGUAA